AUGAACCACCUUCCCACCCCCACUACCCCCCUCUCCCAACUCCUUCACCCCCUCCUCUCUACUCCCCUCCCCACCCCACCAACCAUCCCCCCUCCCCUCCCCCUCACACCCCACCUCUCCCUCUCCCCCCUCCUCACCACCCAAUCCACCCUCCUCUCCACAUCCCUCCUCCACCUCCUCUUCCGUACCCACCUUGCCGCCCACCUCCGCCUCCAAUUCUCCUACCACCUCCUCGGCUCCCCCCACUUCCGCACCGCCCUUACCUCCGCGCUAUUCAACCCCGACCUCCCCUCCACCGAACGCCACCCCGGCGCACCGCGCAUCGGAGAUAAACUCGGCCUGAAGCUCGCCAGCAGAGGCGAGAAGACGUGGCCGCCCGCGAGCUCGGAGUUGCGGUUGGCGCUGAUGGGCAUCUUGGGUGAUAGCUAUCUCGCCUCGUCGCCCCCCUUAAAAGGUCCUCCAAACCUCAUCCACCACCUCUCUUUCUCCAUCCGCACACUUCCCCCCACCACCAUCCCCCUCGUCCUCGACCCCAGCACGCUCUAUGCCCUCGACUUCCUGCGCCUCGAAUACCGUGCGCCGCCACCGAUUGAUGCGGUGUUGACGCCGGGGGCGCUAGAGCGGUAUGACGAAGUGUUUCAGUUCUUGGUGCGCUUGGUACGGGUGGGGUAUGUGGUGGAGCGGGUGCCAUGGAGGGAGGGGGUGGGGUUGAUGCGAUGGAAGGCGAGGUGGUUUGUUGGGGUGUGUAUAGGGCAUUUUUGUGGGGAUGUGGUGAGGGGGGGUUGGGAUGCGUUUGAGGGGUUUUUAGGGGCGGUGGAGAAGCGGUUGGCGGACGAGGAGCAGACUUGUGGGGAGGGAGACGACUUCGGCGAUGGACUCGGUCACGUCGGCGUCGAAACCGUCCACGACCGCCACGAGCAAUUCCUCGAGUCUGUCCUGUUCGGCUGCCUUCUCCGCAAACGCCAGCAGCAAGCUCGCGAGCGGCUCGAAUCGCUCCUCAGCUACGUCCUCCAGUUCGCCGAGCUCUGUUGCGAAGACAACAAUGGCACCGAGUCGGAUGAUUCAACCGCGAACAGAACAUCCAUGACUGUUGACGCGCUUCAUCGGAGGUUCAGCGAAGGGCUGCGGGAGUUCAUGGAGUUGUUGAGGGGGAUGGUGGGAAGGCGGAGGAGGGUGGGGAGGGGAGGGGAUGGGGCGGAGAAGGUGGAGGAUGAGAGUGCCGAGCGGCUUUUGGUGAGGUUGGAGUCGGAGGGGGUAUUAUGA